GGAGAAAAUCGAAAUUUUUGGCUAAGUCGCGCGCACGUCAAGUUUAGAGGACAUUGCGCGAGACUUGCUCUAAAUGGUUAUGAUUUCCUUGUUUUGAGUUGAAUUAUCACCACUUUUCUCGUACGCUGGCUUCGAUAUGGCAGUUGAGACGUCUGCAGCUAGGUUCUACUAUGUCUAUAGUAGUGAUCUGGAUGUUAAUGUGGAAAUCAAAAUUGGUACGCUUGAAGGAAUGAGAGAGCGCCCGAAAUACAAGGAGCUGAUAAAUGAUCCCAUGUUGAAGUACUCUGGCAUCUACCAAGAAGGAUGUGCAGACCUCUAUGUCACUUGUCAAGUGUUUGAAGACCACAAGCCGUUGGCUCUACCAGUCAGGACCUCUUACAAAGCAUUUAGUACCAGAUGGAACUGGAACGAGUGGUUAACACUGCCAAUAAAGUACAGUGAUUUGCCAAGGAAUGCCCAACUUUCCCUGACAGUCUGGGACGUUUAUGGAACUAGAGAUGCAACACCGGUCGGAGGGACAACUAUUCAAGUCUUUGGAAAGUAUGGGACCUUCCGACAGGGAAUGCACGAUUUGAGGGUAUGGCCAAAUGUUGAGGCUGAUCCGUCACAACCCAGCACCACCCCUGGAAAGGCAGACAGAGACAAGGACCAGAUGGCAAAUUUAGCAAAGCUUACAAAGAAACAUCGAAAUGGACAUAUGCCAACAGUUGAUUGGUUGGACAGACUGACGUUCCGGGAAAUUGAGAUGGUCAAUGAGAAAGUCAAGCGAGACUCGAACUUUAUGUAUUUGAUGGUUGAAUUCCCACAAGUGAUACUAGGAGAAACAGAAUAUGCUGUGGUUUACUUUGAAAAGGAUGGUGAUGAUGUUUACCAAAUCCGGACUUACAAUGACAUUGUUACAGUCCCCGACCCUGAGAUAGCUAUGGAAAAUCUUGUCGAGAGUAAACAUCACAAACUCGCCAGAAGCCUACGAAGUGGUCCGGCCGAUCGAGACCUGAAGCCAAAUGCUGCCACCAGAGACCAGCUCAACCUUAUUGUCAAUUAUCCACCAACUAAGACUUUGUUAUCAGAAGAUCAGGAUCUAGUCUGGAAGUUUAGAUUUUAUCUCUCAAAUCAGAAAAAGGCCCUGACAAAGUUUCUCAAAUCUGUGAACUGGAACGUGCUGCAGGAGGCCAAGCAGGGUCUGGAUUUACUGAGGAAGUGGAGCCCGAUGGACGUGGAUGAUGCCCUCGAGUUAUUGUCACCCACCUUCACUGACCCGUCGGUGAGGAAAUAUGCCGUGGCAAGGCUACAACAGGCAAAUGAUGAGGAUUUGUUACUGUACCUCCUCCAGCUUGUGCAAGCCCUCAAAUACGAGAACUUCGAUGAAAUCAAGGCGGCUGCUGGCAGGGACUCCAUACAGCCGGGCCCAACACAGCUUGGUGCGACGUUCUUGAAUGAGAACAUGACGUCGAGUUCAUCGUCAUUAGAAAGCAGGUCACCCGCUAGCAGCCAAUCCCAUUCGAAAGGCUCUUCCAGUACCGAGGAAGACGUGAUGAGCCAGAGUGGCUCAGACAGCAAGGACAGCAGUCUUCAGAGCAAAGACAGCAGUCUUCAGAGUACAGACUCACAAAAUGGAAAUAACAUGGACUUGGCCACAUUCCUGAUCCACCGAGCAUGCCAGAAUUCUGUCCUAUGUAAUUACUUUUUCUGGUACGUGUUGGUCGAGAGUGAUGACCAGGAGUCGAAAGAUAAGAAGGUGAUCGAAAUGUACAACACGGUGCUGCGAAGGUUUAGCCACGCGUUGAUGAAGGGCGGUAAGGAUUUCCGUUUGAGACGGUCACAGUUCGUAGGGCAGCAGAAGUUCAUGGAGAGACUGAUCAACUUGGUCAAGAUGGUCGCAAGGGAGAGUGGCAAUAGAAAGAAAAAAAUAGAGAAGCUACAAGCCCUCUUAGCUGACCAGGAGGUAGUGCAGUACAACUUCGCCGGCUUUGAACCCCUGCUCUUACCCUUGGACCCCACUAUCAAAAUCAAAGCAAUCAUUCCAGAGCAAGCGACUCUUUUUAAGAGUAACAUGAUGCCUUGCCGGCUCACAUUCAAAACAGUGGACGACACUGAAUACAUUGCAAUAUUCAAACAUGGCGAUGACAUGCGACAAGACCAGCUUGUCCUGCAGAUCAUCACACUCAUGGAUCAGCUCUUACGCCGUGAGAACCUUGACCUGAAGUUGACCCCCUACAAGGUGCUAGCCACGAGCAGUAAAGAUGGCUUAGUCCAGUAUAUUAGUUCAAUCUCCAUCGCAGAGGUCCUGACAUCAGAAGGCUCAAUACAAAACUUCUUCCGUAAACAUUCCCCCAGUGAAAAUGGACCGUAUGGUAUAUCACCAGAAGUUAUGGAUAAUUACAUCAAAAGUUGUGCUGGAUACUGUGUGGUGACAUACCUUCUCGGUGUUGGUGAUCGUCAUUUAGACAAUCUUCUGCUGACAAAAGCAGGUAAACUGUUUCACGUUGACUUUGGCUACAUCCUUGGGCGGGACCCCAAACCGAUGCCGCCCCCUAUGAAGCUGAGUAAAGAGAUGGUAGACGCCAUGGGAGGAACAAACAGUGAACACUUCCAUGAUUUCAAGAAGUUAUGCUAUACUGCUUUUCUCCAUUUGAGAAGAUCCGCCAACCUUUUCCUGAACUUGUUCUCCCUGAUGGUCGACGCCAAUGUUCCCGACAUUGCCCUCGAGCCCGACAAGACGGUGAAGAAGGUACAGGAUAAGUUCCGUCUUGAUCUCACGGACGAGGAAGCGGUCCACUUCAUGCAGAGUCUUCUUGAUGUCAGCGUGUCGGCCAUGAUGCCUGCAUUGGUGGAACAGAUGCACAAAAUUGCACAGUACUGGAGGAAAUGAGGAGCCGUUGAUCAUGGGAUCAAAUUCUAAGGAUAUUGGUGCUAUUGCCUGACUUUGUCAGCAUCUGCUUGCGCUGUUGAGGACUUUUCUACAUAACAUUCUUUUGGCCGCAAAGUUUUGAAUACUUGACUAGAAAAAGCAGGACGUUUUGGAAACGAACUUUUCACAAUUGACAGUCUUUGUGAGUUGAUCAAAGAAUGAUAGGGGAUUGACUGUGUCAUGAAAUGUUUCUGGUCUUUCUAAAAGCAUUUGUUCUUCUUCACUGGUGGAUAUAUAGUGGAUGGAAAAUACUGUGUCGACUUAAUUGAGCCAGUUUAGGGGUGCCUGAACAAAAAGGCCAGUUUUGCCUGUAAUAGACCCACAUGUGUGCCAGGCACGGUUCAACCAGCUUGAACAUAUCGACACAGUAUGUAGACCUUCACAGUUGGUAAAAUCAUGUUUCAAGGUUGUGAUGUAUCAUCUGGAUGGAAGAACCUCAGCUGGGUUUUUUCAUGUCAAAUGUGAUUUUCCACAUACUAUGAAUGUAAAUAUUUGUCAGUAUGUGCAAUAAAGUACAUUAUUUAUUACAAUA